UCAGUUAUAAAUGGCUGAGAAAAAUCACCAACAACAAGAACGACUACCUGGCAACCCGUUUUUCCCAUCAAGAAGCAACGCUGGCUCUUCAUUUGACAUGCCCGAAACACCACAUCUCAUCGAUUCGCUCACUUCUCAAAUCGACGAAUUCACAAUUCAAAGCAUAAUUGAUACUCAGAGACAGAGCUUGAAACGCUUCGAAAAGACAAAUGAAAUGCUCAUGAAUUGCGCUCAACUCGGCGAUCGAAGAAUUGAAAAAGCAAAAAGGGAUUCUGUGGGACACAAAGAGACAAUUCUGCAGAUGAAAACUGAUUUGGAAUUUAUUUUCAAAAAAAUUCGCAUGUUCAAAACAGUUUUGUCGUCAAAGUAUCCAGAAGUUUAUGCUGAAGUGUCAGCCGAGCUAACGCCAAAACGAAGCGAGGAAGACGAAUGAAAUACAAUUUAUUCGUAAUUGAAAAACAAGAAGAAAAAAAAUAACAGAUCAUUUGGAACAAAUACAAGUCACAGAAAUUCAAUAAAGAUCUCAAAUUUU